CUGAGUUCACCUCACGCCUGACGGAGUAUUUAGCUCGCAUGCUCCCAGGCUACGGCUGGCCGCAGAUGCAGAGUGCGUGUAGGAGUGUGUGUGUGUCUCAGUACUGCAUCCCUCUCUCUUGUUCCGGGACCCUCGUUCUCCCAGACACCACCAGGGUAGAUUUUGUUCUCCUCGGUGGGAAUAGGGACAAGGAAUAGUGCGCUUGACCCUUCGAAUGGUCACUGGACUUCCUUGGUAACCCUUUCUGUGUACUUUCAAUGGACUGGAUACCGUCAGUAUUUUCUGGAGAAUGAUACCGUUUCCAACCUAACCACAGUGAGGCUUGACUGGCUGUUCCACUUUGGGCAGAGGAGAGUUGGACCGUGGUUGGAUUUUGACGUUGGACAAGGGUGGAUUUCCCCCCCUCCCCCUGCGACUAUAGGAUACCAUGCUGCCUCAACUGCCUCAACUAAGAAGGGAUCAGUUUGAUAACUUGGAGAAGCAUACACAGUCGGGCAUCGAGUUUGUGGAGAGGUACACCAAAUUCGUCAAAGAGCGAUCGGAGAUUGAAUUCAACUAUGCAAAGCAGAUUAGGAAUCUAUCAAAGAAGUAUCAACCCAAGAAGAACUCAAAAGAGGAGGAGGAGAACAAGUACACGUCAUGCCAGGCCUUCCUGUCGACACUGAAUGAGCUGAACGACUACGCAGGUCAGCACGAAGUCAUCGCUGAGAACCUGACCUCUCAGAUCAUCACAGAACUCUUGCGGUACCUCACGGAACUCAAGGCCGAGAGGAAAUCGCAUUUCCAUGAUGGACGUAAAGCACAGCAACACAUUGAAUGCUCGUGGAAACAGCUGGAGGCGAGUAAACGGCGGUUCGAGAGGGACUGUAAAGAGGCGGACAGGGCGCAGCAGUACUUUGAGAGAAUGGACGCCGACAUCAAUGUGACGAAGGCAGACGUGGAGAAGCGAAGUUCCCACAAGGCGCGGCAGCAGGCUCAGAUGAGACACCAGAUGGCUGCUGACAGUAAGAGUGAAUACUCCAACUUCCUGACCAAGUUCAACCAGGAGCAGAACGAGCAUUACUACACUCUCAUCCCCAAUAUAUUCCAGAAACUCCAGGAGAUGGAGGAGAGGCGGAUCGAGAGGGUGGGUGUGUCCAUGAAGACGUACGCGGAGGUGGACCGCGAGGUGCUGCCUAUCGUAGGGAAAUGUCUAGACGGAAUGACUAAGGCUGCCGAGUCCAUUGAGCCUAAGACGGACUCGAAGCAGGUGGUGGAGUCGUAUAAGUCUGGGUUCGAGCCCCCGGGGGACGUAGAAUUUGAGGACUAUGGGGCAGGCCAGUCCAUGAAGAGGACGGUCUCUGAAACCAGCCUGUCCAACUCACGAGGAGAGGCCAAGGAACGACCCAGCGGGGGCAAGAGCAAGGGCAAACUGUGGCCUUUCAUUAAGAACAAGAACAAGCUUAUGUCCCUGUUAACGUCCCCGCACCAGCCCCCCCCUGCCCCCCCAGCCUCCAGCCCCCCCUCACCCUCUGCUGUUCCCAACGACCCCCAGUCUCCCAAGCAGAACAAGGAGCCCCUCUCCAAUCGCUUCAAUGAGUUCAUGGCCUCCAAACCCAAAAUGACUUGCCUCCGGAGCCUGAGGCGAGGGCAGCCUCCUACUCGCCCUCUCUCGCUCUGUUAUCACAAAGACUGGAGGACUCAGGGCAUACCCACGUACGCUUUCGAGGCCAGACAAUAUGUCCUUUCUCUCAAGCUGAUCACACUCAAUUCCCACGUCCGGAAUCUUAUUGAGGGCUCUGGACCAGAGGACUUCAGCCACCUGCCCCCAGAGCAGAGGAGAAAGAAGCUUCAGGCCAAGAUAGACGACUUAAACAAGGACAUCCAGAAAGAGAUGGACCAGAAAGAUGCCCUAACUAAGAUGAAGGGGGUGUAUGAGAAGAACCCUCAGAUGGGUGACCCUGCCAGUGUGGACCCCCGCCUAGUAGAGAUAGCAAUGAACAUCGAGAAACUGCAGUACGAGGUGCAGAAAUUCGAGGGAUGGCUAGCUGAGGUGGAGGGGAGGUUACCAUCGAAGAGCGAUCCUCCCAGGAGACAGAGUGGUCUGUACGAGACGCAGAACAGCAACAGCAGCACGGUUGCCAACAACUGUGCACAGGACAGAGAGAGCAGCCCGGAUGGCAGUUACACAGAGGAGCAGAGUUCAGAGACUCAGGACAAGGUGGCCAUAGCCAACACUCCAGAGUUUGAUGAUGAGUUUGACGACGGGGAUGAGGAGACGCUGCCCACCAUCGGCACCUGUAAAGCCAUCUACCAAUUUGAAGGUCAUAAUGAGGGGACUAUAUCAGUGACGGAGGGAGAGCUGUUGUAUGUGAUAGAGGAGGAUAAAGGUGACGGUUGGACGAGGGUCCGCAGGAACGAAGAGGAGGAAGGCUACGUGCCCACAUCUUAUGUCGAGGUCUCUUUGGAAACAACCGCCAAAGAUUCCUAAAAGUGUGAGAGGCUGGCUCAGAAAUGGCAGGGCAAGCAGCCUCGGAGACAGAGCAACCACAUUCACGUUCCUUUUAUUGUCAUAGAGUCAGAAAGAGAGAGAGACAUGACCGAGACAAAAACGGGAGACCGAUUAGGAUGUAUCUCAAUUUCCAACCCGAUACAUACAUAGAGUUCUCUUCUUUUGCAACAGUUUCUGACCAGAAGCAACAAUAAUAAGCAUCCCAAUUUUGCACCCGUAAAUCUUUUAAUAGUCCAUUACACAUUUAUAAUUUUGCUUCCGUUGUCCCUGCAAAGCUUUGCUUCACGAUGUACUAACUCAGCUUCCGCUACGCGGCGUUAUCAUGGCGGCUGUUAGCUCUCUCGCCUCAAAUCCCAACCCGCUACCAUGCCGCCCCUCCCCAACCCCCUUCCUAAAGCAUGGCAGGGUGUGGUCAGAGACAAGACCAGCUCCCCCUCAUGGAAGGGGGGAAGAAGCAACACAAUCUCCCCCCACGCCCACACCCCACCCAUACCAUCUCACCUGACCAGACCAUCAGACAGGAAGGCUGGACAGGAAGCCAAACCGUGUCCCUCCAGUCCACCCUAGCAUCCAAACCAAUCAGGUGGAUACAGUUGCAGUAUCUCUCUCUCUCUCACUCACUCAUUGACUCAGAGCCAUCAUCACAGAAGGAACCGUCCAGAUUCAGCAUCACUUGGAGUGCCGUGGAGUUCCCAUGGAAACAACGCAGUCAUUCCACUCUCAGACCGCAGCUCCAUAUUUUGCAGGUUUCAAAUGGACUAAAACAUGGACCGAUUGGUCAUCUUACUGUAUGUGUGUAUGAAAAAGCUUCGUUUAUAGUGUGUGUCUUCUGUGGUGUCUGUCAGUAUCAUGUACAUCCUCCAUACGUGACUGGGGAGUGGACAGGACUAGGAGCUCCAGGACCGAGAGGGGUUGGGGUGGGAAAGGGGACAGGUUCACUUUACUUCAUUACUUCACCUCACCUGCACUCUCUCCCUACCAUACCAUCAUGUGUUGUUACUGGCAUCCCAUCCAGUGGUGGAAAAAGUAUCCAAUUGUCAUACUUGAGUAAAAGUAAAGAUACCUUAAUAGAAAAUUACUAAAUUCAAAGUUAAAGUCACCCAGUAAAAUACUACUUGAGUAAAAGUAUAAAAGUAUUUGGUUUUAAAUAUACUUAAGUAUCAAAAGUAAAUGUCAUUGCUAAAAUAUACUUAAGUAUCAAAGGUAAAAGUACAAAUUAUUUCACAUUCCUUAUAUUGAGCAAACUAGGAGGCACUAUUUUCUUGUUUUUGUAAUUAACAGAUAGCCAGGGGCACACUCCAACACUCCAACAAAUAUCAAACGAAGCAUUCGUGUUUAAUGAGUCCGCCAGAUCAGAGGGAGUAGGGAUGACCAGGGACGGUCUCUUGAUAAGUGAGUGAAUUGCAACAUUUUCCUGUCCUGCUAAAUAUUCAAAAUGUAAAGAGUACUUUUGGGUGUCAGGAAAAAUGUAUGGAGUGAAAAGUACAUUCUUUUCUUCAGGAAUGUAGUGAAGUCAAAGUAAAAGUUGCCCAAAAUAUGAAUAGUAAAGUAAAAUACAGAUACCCCCAAAAAUGACUUAAGUAGUACUUCAAAAUAUUUUUACUUAAGUGCUUUACACCACUGAUCCCGUCUGCUCCUCUCUCUGGCCACACCCCUCCCCUUCUCAAACCCCUUCACCACAGGGGGCAGACGCUGGUCAUUGGCUGCGUUGAUGGCCAUGUCACAGCUUAGGAUGGGGCUUCUCUCGGACAGUGCGUGCAGUAUGCAUGCAUGCCCUGUCUCCGCUGUGACUCGCCACCCAUGCCCUGUCUCCGCUUUGACUCGCCACCCUACCGCUCGCCUCCGGGGGGGGGGGGGGUUGCCCAUGUCGCUUUUUAUUUCAGUUAACUCACAUUGCCUGUUACACUUCUUAACCUGUUUGUCACCUUUUGGGUUCUGUGCCUGGGGAUCCUCUACUAGCGCUUCCUUAUUUUGUUUUGUUGCUGUUUGACUGUUCGUCGUCUCUGAAAGCACGCUCACCUACCGGUGUUUUUUUAACAGUGAGUGUGUGCUCUCCCUCACAGUAACUCCUCUUGCUCAAAAUCUCAGCUAAGAAAGUUUUGGAUUCCGAAACUUCUGUUUCUGAAUGAUUUUAUGCAUACAGUACAUGGUUAUAAAAUGUAAUUUGUCAAUUUGUUAUACUGUAUGUAAUGUUGUUGGCUGACAUUGUACUUGUUUGAGAAGUUUGUCGAAGGCAAGUGGUCGUUAGCUUCCACUAGCCUCAUCCUGUGGAUACAUACCGUGCUGUUUAACGUCUCCACUGUAUAUCCUACCCAACAGACAGAAUGACCCCGGAAGAGAACUUGAGGAAUAGUUACAUUUCUCAUGUAAUUUGCAUGGUCCACUUACUACUGUAUAUGGAAGUAUUGUAAUACUGUGAUCCACACACACACUUUCUUUCCCACAAGGUUGUGUGUGACAGAAUAUGAGACGAGACAGACUUCAUUUUGGGCCUUAACUAGUUUAAUCCAUAGACUUAGUUAGACAUCGCAUCAUUGUAUCUGUCCCAUUAUGGCGUCUGUGAGGGCAUGGGCAGCCCAUUGAGGCCAUCUCCAUUUUGAAGUAGUCAAUUUUCUUCUACUACGAGUUGGCAAACAAACUGAAAGGGUGCAUAUUGCCAGCUGGAGUGUGUAUGUACAGGUUUAAAGCCAAGGUUGGCGAUUUACUGCCACCUGCAGUUAUGGAAUGUUUGCUCCUGAGUAUACUUCAUUGGCUGAUCCCUCCUGGUGACCUGGAUGGAAUUAUGUGAUCCUUCCUUAACCCAUAGGAAGUCCCACCCAGUUGACUACUUCAAAAUGGUGAAAGUCCUCAAUGGCACUGCCCAUGAUAAAAUGGACUUUAAGGCACUAAAGUCCUCUAUCUCUCUCUAUGGAUUUGUCCUACCACUUAGUGUAAAGACAGAUGUCAUUCUAUUAUCUGUGGUAUGUUGAAUAGGUCAAGACAUCUCUUGUUUUUUUUAAUAAAGGUUUGGGGGGGGGGGGGGGUUAUUAUUUUGUAUGUGGUGGUCGAGGUAGAUUACCCAUAACAUCUACAGAGAUGAUGAUGUCCACUGUUUCCCCCUCUCAAAGGCACAUACAUUUUACUUUUUUUAUUUUGUUCAUUUUAUUUGUCAUUAUUUUUUUAACCAAUUUUGGGUCGAAGAGAUUUUAGCUUUUUAUUUUGUAGCUAGUUGUUUCUUUAGCUGGAAAACUGUUGCACCUGAAUUACAAACCACCUAUAAUGAUGAAACCAGUUGUUUGAUCUGCCUGAAGUCACUGCAGAUGAAGUAAUGAAUAACAAAUAUUUGUUUUGUCUAAUGAAACAGUUAGUGAUGGCACCCUAUUCCCUAUUUAGUGCACUACUUUGACCAGGCUCAAGAGUGUCUUGAAACUUUUUUUUUAUUACAAUAUUACUACUCAAGCAACAUUUCAAAGAGCAGCAACUGAAAUUGUAUCAAUGCAAACCAUGUAUAUUAUCAGUAGAACAACACACGAACAGUGAUCCAAUCAUCAUUUGGAGUCCCAGUUACUUGUCAUAAUAUAAAAGCGGCGCAAAUCUAGAAGUUCUUUGGCCCGAGACUCAGGUCAGGUCAAAGUCUCCUUUUGCUAUUCCCAUCCGUCCAUCUCUUAUUUUGAUUAUUGUAGAUAUUGAUUUGGCAGUUGUUUUGUUUGUGAGAAGUGAAAAGACAAAACUGGUUUCCCAUGCAGACCAUCAGAAGGUGCAUAUCUGUAGUGCGCUGACCCACUCAGAAGCGAGCCAGUAUAGAGGGGAAUCUGCUUAUCUCCUCUCCUGCUAAUGCUGGAUUCAGAUCAUCCUAGUCCUUCAGCCUGGCCCCAGCGCACCUGUACAGAAGAAAUGGCUUGUUGGAAUUUAGAGAGAAUAUAUAUAUAAAUAUAUAAAUAAAUAUUGAUUCAACUAAGACAAAAAAAGGAAAUAAACAGUCUAUUUUUAAGGUUUUAACGAUUAAAAGGACCUACCGUUACUUCUUCUCUCUCGCUUUGCUAAGACUUUGUUUUAUUGUUUUUGUUUUGUAAAGUCUGCCAAAUGGUGUGUUUCGCACUUUUUUUCUGUUUGUGUUCCAUUUGGUAUAUGCUUGCGUUUCGGAGCACUGAAUUAUUUGUAUUGUGUAAACUGUGCCAAUUAAAUACAUGUUGAAAAUAA